GACUUGUCCGACCAUGUUUUGCCCCUUGCGACCCCUUAAAACUCGGAGCUUUCCUUCUGAAUUCUUCUGGGUCGAAGACUCCCUCGUGCAUUGGUAACUGGUCGAUCGUUGCUGGGCUGUGGAGCUACGAAUACCACUAUCAUCACCAUGCCUCCACCACGCACCUCCCUCUCGGACAGUACCAAGUCUGCUGCAAUCGAUGCUCCAGAGCUCGCGAAUCACCAUAGUGAGACGACAACUGAUGCCGUCGUCAAAGAUGAAGCACCCGCCAAAGCUGGAGGUCCUCCAGGUCCUCCGGGGCCUCCCGAGAAUCAGUCGACCAUUAGGGUUGUCUGUCUGAUCGUCUCGGCCUUUGUGGCCAUGUUCCUCGUUGCGCUGGACAGAACCAUCAUCUCAACGGCUAUCCCCAAGAUCACCGACGAAUUCAACUCCUUCGACGACGUGGGCUGGUACGGAAGCUCGUAUCUGUUGACAUGCUGCGCGUUCCAGCUCCUGUUCGGAAAGCUGUACAAGCUCUUCUCCGUGCGGAUCGUCUUCCUUGCCAGUAUUCUGCUGUUUGAGGUUGCCUCUGCUAUCUGCGGCGCCGCUCCCAACUCCGUGGCCUUCAUCAUCGGACGAGCAAUCUGCGGAGUUGGUGCUGCUGGUAUCCUGGCUGGAACUAUCAUGUGCAUCAUCCAUUCCGUUCCCCUCCAAAAGCGCCCACAAAUCCAGGGAUUGUUCGGCGCGCUCUUCGGCAUUGCCUCAAUCGUGGGUCCGUUGAUUGGUGGUGCCUUUACAUCGAACGUGACCUGGAGAUGGUGUUUCUACAUUAAUCUCCCGAUCGGGGGUGCGGCAAUGAUCUUCAUCGCCUUCUGCCUCAAGAUUCCGAAGCAAGACACUACAAGGGUUCCGUGGGUGGAAAAGCUGCUGCAGCUGGAUUUCCUCGGUACUACCCUCUUGGUGUCUGGUGUGGUCUGCCUUGUAUUGGCACUCCAGUGGGGAGGCCAGACCUAUGCUUGGAGCAACGGUCGCGUCGUGGCGUGCCUGGUUCUCAUGGGCGUGCUCCUCCUCGCCUUCGUCGCCGUGCAGAUCUUCCUCCCCAAGACCGCGACGCUGCCCGUGCGCAUCUUCUCGCAGCGCAGCAUCAUCUCCGGCUUCUGGCAGACCCUCUGCAUUGGUUCUGGCAACUACAUAUUCGUCUACUUCCUCCCAAUUUGGUUCCAGUCCAUCAAAGGCAACAGCGCCGUCGAAUCCGGCAUCCGGCUCCUGCCAAUGAUGCUAUCAAUGGUAGUCGGCUCUAUCGGCGGCGGAAUCACCAACUCAAAGAUCGGAUACUACACGCCUCUCGCAAUCAUCGGAUCGUGCAUCAUGUCCGUUGGCGCCGGGCUUCUGACGACCUUCAAGGUAGACACCGGCGAAGGGAAGUGGAUCGGCUACCAGAUCGUCUACGGUAUCGGCCUGGGCCUGUGCUUCCAGAUCCCCAAUCUAGCCGCGCAGACGGUCCUCCCCAAGCCCGACGUGCCGUUCGGCCUGGCGCUGAUGCUGUUCGGGCAGCUAAUUGGUGCCGCAGUGUUUGUGUCGGUCGGCGAGAAUAUCCUCGCUAAUCAGCUGGUGAAGCGGUUGUCCGGGCUGCCCGGGUUCAAUCCCAAGCUGGUCACGUCCGGCGGUGUCACCGAGUUGCUGAAUACCAUGCCUGCGAACUUGCAUGAUACCGUGCUCCAUUCGUACAAUGAGGCGCUAAGGAAGGUGUUCCAGGCUGGGUUGAUCAUAUCGUGUCUGACUGUUCUCGGUGCCGCCACGCUCGAGUGGAAGAGCAUCAAGAAGGGGCAGCCCAAGCCUGAUGCUGAGAGCAAGGGAGCGGCUGCAGGUGAGAAGCCUGCGGAGGCAGCGGGGGCUAAAUAGACAGAAAUUAGAGGGUUAGGUUGAUACUGGAGGGCUUGAACCUUGGCGUGUGAUUGUCAAAUAGAAGAAUAUUUAACUAGCUUUAUUGGGUUGUAAUGUUAUUCAAGGU